GGAAUGGGGACUUACUUUGAGAACCGCGGUGCUGAGCGCAGCAGACAAGAAAUAAAGGCCCGGCUCCGGGCUUCCGUGAGUCCCGCGAAUGCAGUAAUGUCAGCGCUCCAGUCCGAUCAGCGGCGGCGGCCGCAGGGGACGGGGAUGGGCGCGCGUGCGACAGGCGCGGUACGGCUCGGCUCGGCUGCGGGCGCUUGCGUUGCGCUCCGGCUCGGGCCCGGGCUCCGCGCGGCUCCGUUCCUGGCUCCCCUCUGGCUCCUGGCACCAACUCCGGGCAGUCACAUGACGCCGGCGCCGCUCGCUCUGCGAGCCUCCCGAGGCUGGCGGGGUGAGGACACCCUGAAGGCAGAAGUUGUGCAUUUGGUCUCCAUGACCCCAGGCACAGCGGUCAUGGUUAGUCUUACGAGACAUCGUGGCUAAGCUUUAGUACCCGGAUUAAAUAACUACUGAGAUACUAGGUGAUGCUGUGAAGGUAUUUUGUAGAUGUGGUUGGCUUGAAGUAAAGGAGGUUAUUCCUGAUAAUGUGUACAGGACUCAUCCAAUCAGUUGAAGGCCUGAAGAGGAAAAACUGAGGUUUCCUGAAGAAGAAAGUUUGCCUUGAGACUACAGCCUCAACUCCUGCUGAGUUUCCAGCCUGCUGGUCUGCCCUACAAAUUUCAGACUUGAGCCAGUGCCCUGAAAUAAAUUUCCUCCUCUUCAUUCUGCUUCUCUGGACAACCUUGACAGAUACAACAGCCCAGUGCCUGGCCACAGGUGACCCUCAUUACUUGUCUGUUGGGUGGUUAAAGGCUCUGGUACCCACCACCCCCUUAUGGGAUCCACUCACAGGCAGCCUCAUUUUAAAUGCUUUGCAAAUUCCUUUUUUCUGUAAUUAAAAUUAAAUUUUAGAGUCACAAAAUCCCAGCACUUUGGAGCAAGAGAGGACUUAGGAAUUAUUUAGAGGAGUUGUUUUCAAUCAAGAGAUGUGGACUAGUAUAUGUAUGUGAUAGUUUUCAUACUCCAGGGCAAAAUGAGAAAAAUAUGAGCAAGGGAGGGGGUUUCUUUUUUGUCUGGUUAAAUGUAUUCCACUUAAACAAUGCUUUUUUAUUCAGAGUUUAUGUCUCUCUCCUCCUAUCUUAAAGCUAAAAUGACCUUUUCAUUUAUGAAUGAUGUGCUAAUUGACAGUGUAUUUUCUUUAAAAUUUUUUAUUUCCUUAGUAACCCUAUAUUAGCUGGUAGUUCCUUCCUGAUUUGGGUUUUCGUUUAAUUGGUCUAUUAAAUCCAAAAUGUCUGGAAUCCUCAGAAUUGAGACCUGGUGUUCUAGUUUGCUAAUGCUGCCAGAAUGCAAAACACCAGAAAUGGACUGGCUUUUAUAAAAGAGGGUUUACUUGGUUACACAAUUACAGUCUUAAGGCCAUAAAGUGUCCAAGGUAAC